ACCGUUGCCAACGCGUUUGGCGCGCGCGUCGCGUGCCCGUUGGAGCCCGAGUCGGCCGCGCUCGGCGCGGCGCUGCAGGCGGCCGCCGUUGACGCGGGCGGCCGCGCCGCCGACCUCGGCGCGUGGAUCGCGGAGCGACACGACGCGCCGACGUCCGCCGCCAUCGAGCCGAACGCGGAGGACGCCGCGCGGCUCGACAGGGCGUUUGCGCUGUACCUCGAGCGCGCCGAGGCACUUUUCGGGCAGAGGUGAAGAGUCGCCGGCGAACCCGACGAUGUCGAUGGGAUCCAAGAGUUCUUGUGCGGAUUCAGCAUUGUGUCUUUGUGCUGGACCGCCCACACGCCACUACACCUUCCACUCCGCCGCCAUCUCCGCCGCCAUCGUCACCGCCGACGCCCUCACCAUCCAGAACUCGGCCGCCGCCCUCGGCUUCGAGCUCACCCUCGACCCUCGCGAUCUCGCCCGGCGCUCGACGUCGGGUCCUCGGCCGCCAUUGCGGUCGGCGCCACCACCUCCUCCCGCCCCCCCCGCAGCCACUGCCGCGCGGCCGCCAAUGCGACCGACCCCACCCUCCUUCCCCGACCCCGCCCUAAACGCCCCCGACAGCGAAGCCCGCGCCGCACGCGGCACCCCCACCGACUCUGCCUCCGACCCCAGGGCCUAGGCGGCCCGCCAUGAAAUCUAGCCGUGUGUGCUGGCGUCCGGGUCCCAGCGGGUUUUCACGUAACAAGUACACACGCCAC